AUGUCCCAGGCACAGGAAAAGGCGCAGGAGAAGCUGGCCGAGUCGACGGCGGCAGUGCCUCAAAGCACGACGGCCCAGCAGAGCGAUAAUGUUGCCCACGCCCUCGCUGGCGCUGGCGGGGGUCUGCUCUCCAUGGCCCUGACCUAUCCCCUCAUCACCCUCUCCACUCGCGCCCAGGUUGAGUCGAAGCGCGCCCAGUCGUCGACGCUCAAUGCCGCCCGCCGCAUCAUCAAGCGCGAGGGCGUCGCCGGACUCUACGCCGGCAUGGACUCUGCCCUCUUCGGCAUUACAGUCACAAACUUUGUCUACUACUACUGGUAUGAAUGGACUCGCUCGUUUUUCGAAAAGGCCGCCCUCAAGGCCGGUCGCGCCUCGUCCAAGCUCACCACCAUUGAGUCGAUGAUCGCUGGCGCCAUUGCCGGUAGCGCCACGGUCCUCAUGACCAACCCCAUCUGGGUCAUCAACACGCGCAUGACAACGCGCAAGUCUGAGGCCCGGGAAGGAUCGCUGCCUGGUGCGCCGGUCGAGAAGGCCCCUUCCACUCUCGCCACCCUGUUUGCUCUCAUCCGUGAUGAGGGCCCUGCUCGCCUUUUUGCCGGCGUCAUGCCCGCCCUGGUCCUUGUUAUCAACCCUAUCCUGCAGUACACCGUGUUCGAGCAGUUGAAGCAACUGUUGGAGAAGAAGAGGCGCGUGACCCCCAAGGAUGCCUUUUACCUCGGUGCUCUCGGCAAGUUGCUGGCUACAAGCAUUACCUACCCCUACAUUACGGUUAAGAGCAGGAUGCACGUUGCAGGCAGGGAUGGUCCAAGGGAGAACAUGAUGACUACUUUCAGGAGGAUCAUCCGUGAGGAGGGAUACACUGGUCUCUAUGGAGGCAUUGGACCCAAGGUUACCCAGAGCGUCAUCACCGCUGCCUUCCUCUUCGCUUUCAAGGAUGCUCUCUAUGCCUACACUAUCCAGGCACGCAAGAAGCUUGCCCUCCGUAAGGCGUAA